AUGCCGCUUUAUUCUUCCUGUCGUCUCCGCUACCGGAGAAAAACAUCCUAUUCACGCUCUGAUUGGACCAGGAAAGAAACAUCAUAUUCUCGCUAUAGGCGGAUCAUGAAACAAACAUCAUAUUCCCGUUCUCGUCUCCGUUACCGGAGAAGAAAGACAUUAUAUUAUCGCUCUCGACCAAUCAUGAAAAAAACACCAUCUUCUUCUACUGGCUUGUCGAGAAAAGAUGCUACAACCGAGACUCGGAACUGGGUGGACAAUCUUCCCCGUGAUGUGCUGCAAAAGGUUGGGACUAUUGACAUACUGGUGAAUGUCCAGAGAGUAUGCCUUUCAUGGCGUAAAAUCUGCAAAGACCCUAUAAUCUGGCGUUCCAUUGACAUACAUGACAUCCAAAAACUCUUCAACCUUCCCGGAGAAGAACUUCCCUGUGAUGUCAGCAAAAUGAUAGAGAUAGCAAUUGACAAGAGUUGUGGUCAAUUGAUUAAUAUCAACCUUGAAUAUACUGGAAAUGACCAACUCCUCAAGUAUAUUACUGACAGGAAAAUUCAGUUGAAAACCCUUCGAAUUAAAUGGAGUAGCAUUACAGACGAGGGAUUAAGUGAAGCUGCUAAAAUGAUGUCAUCCAUUGAAGAACUUUAUAUUAAUUUUGGGGGCAUCAAACAUAUAGGUCUUGAAAAUGUUGGUCUCAACUGCCCUGGUUUGAAAUCACUCACAUAUAUAAGACCAGUAAUAGUGACUAAAAUUGAGUAUGAGGAUGAAAUUAGUUUCAUUGAGCAUGAAGAGGACUAUUAUGAUGGAAUUGAUCCUAAUUCUGUUGCACUUGCUAUCUCAAGAACAAUGCCUCAGUUGCAACACCUUAACCUUAUUGGUAAUGGAAUGACAAACGAAGGCCUUCAGGCUAUACUCGACUCUUGCCCUCGUCUAGAAUCGCUUGAUCUUAGGAAGUGUUUUAGAGUUGACCUGACGUCAGAUCCUAAGUUGGGCAAAAGAUGUUCUUCGAUAAAGGAAUUCUACCACCCUAGCGACUCUACCGAUCCUGGUGAUGAGUUUGAAUCCUAUGAUGCGGCUGACUAUUAUUUCACUGAUAAUGAUGAUUUUGAUUCCUCUGAUAAUGGUGAUCUUGAUUAUGCUGGUGGUAAUGAAGAUUUUAUUAUUGUAUACUACUAA